GCGAGUUGAUUGGUUGGCAUUAGAGACAUCUCGUAUUUCCUGGCAUCCUUGCCUGCGCCAGGGUGACAUCCGCUUUCUCUACCAUUACGCCCGUUCAUCCUGCUGAGCCCUUAAACUCCUUCGAGGUAUCCCUACACGCACGUAAAGAUGGGUAGGGAGGACAAAGCAACAUGGAAGUCAAACUACUUCACCAAACUCAUUCAACUUCUGGAUGACUAUCCAAAAUGUUUCAUCGUGGGCGCAGACAAUGUUGGCUCAAAACAGAUGCAGCAGAUUCGUAUGUCUCUACGUGGCACCGCAGUUGUGCUUAUGGGCAAGAACACCAUGAUGCGUAAGGCGAUUCGCGGUCACAUUGAACGAAACCAAGCAUUAGAAAAACUUCUACCGCAUAUCCGUGGCAAUGUUGGAUUUGUGUUCACUCGUGGAGACCUGGUCGAAGUUAGGGACAAGUUAAUUGAGAACAAAGUUCGUGCUCCAGCUAGGGCUGGCGCCAUUGCACCAUUGAGCGUCAUCAUCCCUGCUCAGAAUACGGGCUUGGGUCCUGAGAAAACUUCUUUCUUCCAAGCUUUGAGCAUCCCGACCAAGAUUUCCAAGGGUACCAUUGAAAUCAUUAAUGAUGUGCACAUUUUGAAGCCUGGUGACAAAGUUGGAGCUUCAGAAGCUACCCUUUUGAACAUGUUGAACAUCUCUCCUUUCUCAUACGGUCUUUUGGUUGAACAAGUUUACGACUCUGGCACCAUAUUUGCUCCUGAAAUCUUGGACAUUAAGCCCGAGGAUUUGCGCGCAAAGUUCAUGGUUGGUGUUGCCAACCUGGCUUCCGUCUGUUUGGCUAUUGGAUAUCCUACCAUUGCGAGUGCACCUCAUAGUAUCGCCAACGGGUUCAAGAACUUGCUCGCCCUUGCUGCUACCACGGACGUUGAGUUCAAAGAAGCCACCACCAUCAAAGAAUACAUCAAGGAUCCCAGCAAAUUUGCUGCAGCUGCUGCGGCUACUGCUCCAGUUGCUGCUGCUGCGGCCCCAGCUGCAGAGAAGAAAGAAGAAAAGAAGGAAGAAUCUGAGGAAGAAGAUGAUGACAUGGGAUUCGGUCUCUUUGAUUAAACUAUCAACUGUUCGACCUUGCAUAUGUUGCUGACGAAGUUUUAUGCUGGCGUCUAAAUAAAGUUGAAGAGAACAAAA